AUGGUGAUGUCGGUGGAAAAGAAGCCCACCACGGGUAGGUCUACGAUCUGUCUUUUCGCCGGCGGGGGCCGAGGCAGAGACCGCGGCCCGUGGGUGGACAUGGUCUGCAUUCAGACGCAGAGGCGCAUCCGGGACUUCGAGCCGCAGCACGUGACCAACACGCUGUGGGCAUGCGCCAGGAUGCAGCUGCAGGACCCACUGAUGCUGCGCGUGCUGAUCAACCGCGCCAUAGAUGACAUCGGCCGUUACUGCCCCCUGGACGUCUCGAUCACCACGUGGGCCUGCGCGACCUUGAAGAUGCGGGAGGUUGAAUGGCUCCGGGCAGUCGUCCGGGCGCGGCUCGACUUCGCGGACUUCUCGCCGCAGAACAUGUCAAACUUCGUCUGGGGCCUCGCGACGCUCGGUUUCAGGAACGACAACAUGGUGCUGGCCGUCGGCCGGGAGGCGUCGCGGAAGAUCCAGGACUUCUCGCCGCAGGAGCUCUCCAACUUCUGCUGGGCGCUGGCCACGAUGGAUCUUUGCGACAAUUUGAUGCUUCGCGCCGUGGCCGAAGAGGUGGACCGCCGCGGCGAGGAGGCGACCGCGCGCCGCGGGGCCCCGGCGGGGGCCGCGGGCGACGGGCGCGGGAUGCGCUGGCGACCUGGCACGCAGCCCGGGCCAGAGGUGGGCCAGGACGGGCGCAGCGAAGCCAUCCAGAGUCCGUUGGCUGUGGGCAGGUGCUCUGCAAUGAUGCUGGGAAGACUGGGCAAUCUCACGGAUGCCAGGGUGGCUGUUCGAACUCUGGCCGAGUGGGCUCAGACCGACGGGGUACUUUGCCAGGGCAGGUGGCGAUCGGAGCCCCAGCGGCAUGGCCUCGGCCCGACCGGCCGCCCCCCGAGCUGCCGCGGCGGCCGGGGCCGCGGCGCCCGCGGCGCCAUGGCCGCCCCGGGCGGCGGCCCCGCGGUCGGCGGCGGCGGCCCCGCGCAGGAGGCCGCCCCGCCGCCGAUGGCGAAGGGCGUCACCCACUCGGUGCUGCAGCAGGCCUUCGUCGACAUGCUGCGCCCCACCGCCCACCUGCUGCAGGAGGCGACCCCCGCGUCGGCCGAGCAGGAGUUCACUCGGGCCGGCCUCGCCCUAAACAGGCCUCGCCCGGAGGAUGUCUAUUUCGCUUCUAAGAGGCGCGCGUGCGCCUCCUCGGAGUUCGACUCGAAGCUCGAGACGCGCUUGAGCCCUCUCGAGGACAGCUCCACGCCUGCCGGUCCGAGGCUCACGGCUCUCGAGAGCACAGCUCUUCGCUCGAGGCGCGCGUGCGCCUCCUCGGAGUGCGACUGUCGCGAGGCUCUGACCUGCCAGGACGAGGGCAUCGAUCCAGUGGAGCUCAUCCAAUUUUGCCUUCGCCCCGGGCUGGAAGGGCAUUCCGACUCGCUGGCCUUCGCCGACCUCGAGGAGGCCGUGAGGUGCGAGCUCGACACCUACAUCGAUGCAGCGUCGGGCUGCGAGCUCUUCGCGGCGCACCAUCUGAAGAUGCGCGAGGGCUUCGAGCGUUAUUGCUGCCACUGCCCAAGGGGCCACCGCAAUGUGCCGGGCAAAAUUGCCGAGCGUGGUGGCGCGGCGUCGGCGGCGGGACCAAAUGCCGCGCCUCUGCCAGCAGACAAAGGCCACCGAGACCCGCUCUCCAAGUCGCGCCUGUGUACCCUCAAGGGCGAUGCUGCCUACAUCAGUUUUUACAACGAGCACGAACUGUCCGCGGCGCGCGCCGCGCCUGCGGCGCAGCUGCAGCAGGUGCAGCCGUGGUUGCUGGACGUCGGCAGCGCCCUCUGCACGCCACGGGCGGCGGCCAGCAGCGCGCGCAAGCUGCGAAGACGCGGCGACGCCGGAGCCGCGGACGCGCAGCUCAGCAGGCUUCAGAACUUCACCCUUCCAGGCGGCAGCCCGGGGAGCGGCGGCGCUGCACGUGGCGCGAGCCAUGUGCCGUCGCGCCGAGCGGUGAUCUGCGUCUUCCUGAACUUGCUCUCCGACUUCCUCUUCGUCGCCGCGCGACUGGACGCGCUCAACGCCGACAGGUCCGAGCAGGAGUGCGCCAUUGAGUGGCGCGUGGGCCCGUGGCAGCGGUAG